AGAUAUAAAUACAUCGACGAUCGAACGCUCAAUUGUCAUUUAGUCGAAAAUGUCAAUCAAGUGCCUAAUAGCGAGUUUGGUCCUGCUACUUAUUCAUGGUUCGGCAGGCCAAAAAUGCAAUGCAAGAUCGUUCCAACGCUUGUGUGUCACCGACGGCAGUAAUGUGGUGCUAGAAAACGAAAAGCUUUCACUGACUAUUAACAAAGCAAAGGCACAGAUCAGUGCACUUUAUUAUAAUUCGCCUAGUGAUAGUAGUAUCAAGUCAACUAACCUGCUGAGAGGCGGCUCUGGCUAUUACAUUGCCGUUAUUAGUGUCGACGGUAAGAGCGUGAACACCGGCCCUGAUGUGGGAGAAAUGAAAAUUAGACAAAAUGCUGAAUACAUCGACCUGGCAUUCAUAAACAAGAACACAAGCAAUUGGCCAAUUCACUUCGAGCUUCAUUUAGUCCUUGAAAAGGAUUCACCCAUAUUUUACUACUACACCAUUCACAAGUAUUUGAGAGAUGGUUACACCGCCAGUCAGCUAAGGUGGGCAAUAAGGGCCAAUGCAGACCCAUUCAAGUACUAUAGCGUGGACGGAAAAAGAGCGGGCCGUAUGCCUACCCAACAGGCUAUAAACUCGGCUGAGACGUUACAGGACUGGACCUACAAAUUGUCAGAUGGUUCAGUUUAUUCGAAAUAUCAGCAAAUAUCAAAUAAUGAGUACCUACACACUGUGUUCGGUAUUUAUGGCGAUCGAAUCGGACUAUCUGUACUGCAGACACACAAAGAGUGGGUCAGUGGCGGACCAUUCAAACAGAGCCUGACAACACACACCGGACAAAUGCUGCUCUUCUGUGAACACACGGGGCAUUACGGUACUCCAGAUGUGGUACCCACCAAGGGAUGGAGUAAAGUGUACGGUCCGAUCGGCUUCUAUCUCAAUGAUGGCAAAAGUCUUUCGCAAAUGUAUCUUGACGCUCAGAGACAAUUAAAAGAAGAGGGGAAGAAGUGGCCGUACAAGUUUGUUACCGCACCAGAGUACAAUGCCCAAGGCAGAGGCAGUGUGUCAGGGACACUUAAUGUGAAUGGAUCGCCGAAUAAACAGUGGGCUUACCUUAUUCUGACCGAACCUCAUGUGGAUGAUCCCCAGUUCGAAACGGCCACUUACAUGUAUUCAACAGUUGCUGCAACAAAUGGUAGAUUUUCAAUACCGGCCGUAAGACCAGGCAAUUACAAAUUGCAAGUGAUAGCCAAAGGUGUGGUUGGAAGAUACAUUCAAACUAACGUUAAUGUGGAAUCGAAUAAAAACACAAAUCUAGGCACUAUCAAUUGGCAGGAAGAGCGUCAUGGCAAACAGCUCUGGCAGAUCGGUGUGCCUGAUAGAGACUCUGGAGAGUUUAAAUCGCCACCCGGCUAUCCAUCACCUAUCCCUAAUUUGGAAGAGUAUCGCAAGUUUGGGACAUGGCUCAGCUAUUCCAAGACAUUUCCUAAUGAUCCAGACUUCACAGUAGGUAGUAGCGACCCGGCUAAAGACUGGGGUUAUUUCAUGCCCAUGAUCAAGACACCUGGCUUCCCUGCUCAACUCAAAAUGGUCAAUAUCACCCAAAAUACGCAACCUACCAACUGGAAAGUUAGAUUCGACUACAGUGGAUCAACCGGAGGCACCGCUACAUUGACUCUGGGAUUUGCUGCUAAUGUCAAAGCCGGCAUUCGUGCAGUGAUUAACGGUAAAGAGAUUUUAAAGGUAACCGGGUUUGAUGGACCGAAAGCCGAUUCUGCACUGUUUCGUCAGGCAGCACAUGGUAUAUUCCGCCAACAAACUGUGACGUUCAGUGCCUCACUACUGAAGGCUAAGAAUAUUUUAGAGUUCACGCCUCCCGGCCCAGUGAGUGCGAAUCAUUUUGACAAAAUGGUGAUGUGGGACUUCUUGAGAAUGGAAGUCAGCAAUUAAUUAUGCUUUUGUAUACUUUAUGUCAAAAAGUUUCAAGUAUUAUCUAAAGAUUAUCAAUGAAUAAAAAUUAAAAAUCAUUAUGAACCAAG